AUGUUGGGAACUCUGGGCACGCCUGCCAAAAUGGAGAAGGAUUACACUGCCGCAGAGGCAGUUCGGACGGCCCUUCAUCAGGACCUUGUGUUUGACGCGAUGGCCGAAGUGCACGUUGAUGGUGCGAUCUCAUUGCGGGGACUACGCCUGGCUUUGGAGAGGCGUACUGGUAUUUACCUCACCCCCUAUAAGGACGUCAUCAGACGUGUGGCGGAACUAUGUGUCCACAAUGGUGGGCUUUCUGGUUAUUGCCAAGAUAGAAGGUGUCAUGGCCCAACAUGCGGGAAUACACACUGCGCCCGUCACUCUGAGCCGGUUCUUGCUGCAGCUUGCAAGCAGGAGGCUGUGGAGAUGAUCUCGACCACUCCGAUGGGGUCGGCUUCUGGCCGUGGUAGUUCUAUGUUUACGCAACUAGCUGAUGAGCUGGGUUUUGCCAAGGUCUGGGUUGGAACUUGGGAAACACUGCCGGGGAGACUCUUCUGGGAGAAAGGCGACCUGCAAGCAAAAGGUCGGCGUCUCACUCAAGACGUGUGCAAAAAGCGCAACAUUUCUGGAACAACUCCCUUUCGGUCUUCGGCAAUGGCUUUGCAGGAGCUGGCUGUGCGGAUCAGAGCGCGGGCGGCAAAGCAUGUCCUGGAGUCGCACAACAUGCGGCAGACCGAUUGCCAGGCGGCUGUUGCGGUGAAAGAGUUGGGCGCGAUGUCCAACGGCGGCUUCGAGGACAAGGAUGACCGGCAUAAGGCAGGACGGCGCCUCGCAGAGGUUCUGGGCAUGACGUGCAUGUUCGCAGGACGGCGCUUCGAAAGGCAUUCGUGUACUGCCCGGAGCCUCACCUUCGACCCUGGGGGCUGGGUAUCCCGAAGUGAAUCUGAGCUAUAUUUACUCCAACCUCUAGUUUGA